UGUGUUGUGUCCAGUAUGCAGUGUGUGUUGCUUUUUUUUUCCCUUCUUGUAUUGUCAGGAUUUUCAGGGUGUGGCCACUUUUCCUUUUAUAACUCGUCUUGGAUUGUUGCUUUGCGCCACUGCACCAAACAAUCUUCCACCAUGUUUCUGCUUGCAGCACUUGUUGGCUGCCUGCUCGCCCUCACAGCUGAGGCCAGAAUCGGGAACUGCUCUGAGCUCUCAUUCUACACCGAGACAAGUCAAUGUCUGCUGUUUAAGGUCAUCUGCGAGACUAACAAGUAUGAGGUGCGCCGCUAUGAAGCUGCCAAGUGGGUGACAACAACAGAGUGGUCAUGGUCCAUGGACAUUGCCUGUAUGAACGCAUUUAUGCGGCUGUUUGACUACAUCAGUGGGGAAAAUGAGAAUGGGCAAAAGAUUGAAAUGACCGCUCCUGUUGUGAUAAAGAUAGACGAAGAAAAGAAGUGGUUUUGGGAAGCUAAACAAUACACAAUGAGCUUCUUGUUGCCCAAGGAGCACCAGGCCAAUCCUCCAACGCCUAAGGACAAUCAGGUCUUCAUAAGUGAUACGCCAGCCUUAAAUGUGUACGUGCGGAGCUAUGGCGGGUGGAUGACCUCGUGGACUGACUGUCAUCACAAAGAAGCCCUGAUGUAUGACCUGAUGAAGGAUGGCGCUAGCUUCAAAGGCAACUGCCAUUUUGGCGUUGGAUAUAACAGCCCCAUGACACUGUGGUGGAAUAGGCACAAUGAGGUGUGGGUGAUCGCUGAGGGUAACCCAGUGUGUUCGAGCAGUGAGGAAAUGGACUGAGGCUUUGUCAUCAUCCAUCGCAUGUUGUCGCUUAAGACACCCAGCAGCAUAUAUGAGUGAUUGGGUCUGUAUUUGAAAGUAUGAAAAAAAAAAAAUCAAUAAAU